AUGGCAAAAACCAAACCUUAUGAAUCCUUUCAAUUACAAUGGAGUUGCAACCCCGGAACGACCCUGCAGAUCCGCGGAAGCGUCUUGGACACUUCACCGCCGCGGAAGCAACGAAAGGGGCGCACCCCAGGGCGUAAGCUUCGCGCUCUCUGCGCGAGGGGUGACGCGAGCACCGUAGCGUGCUCCUCGCUCUCAAGGACAUCAACCCGCGUGGGCAGAAUUCGACCCCGCCUGGGCUUCGGCCGCGGCAUAGCGGCCACUUUGGAGACACUCCCUGGCUCCCGCCAGGCGGCGGACCGAGGCGUGACUCUCAGGUGCCCACGCGUUCCCGGCCUGGCUGGGCUAGGGACCCGGGGUCGCCCGGUGGGGAGCGGGGAUCCGGUACCUCGAAAUUCGUUGCAGGGUGGACGGGACUGUGGUCGCUCGUGGGGACCCGCCCGUGGCGCGACAGUUUUGUUUUAUUUGCGGAGGCUCAGCAUCUUUGAGAGAAAGCUGUGUUUGUCUACCGUGGAGUCAGUCUCAGAGGAUCCGGAAAGGCGGGAGGCAGCAUACUGGGGAUUCUUCCUAAUAAUCCGCCCCCCACAACCGAGAGGCCUGCGGAUUUGCAAUCUUAAAGCCUGGGUCCCGGAGGUAGGUCACUGCCAGCUGUGUGACCUUGGGCAACCUCAAUGUUGAGUGGGGAGAAAGAGGCCA